AUGCUAGUGCGACUACUGCUGAGUCUAGCGUUCAAAGUGGCUUGGUGCGCCGGUGGAGCGGUUUUGAAACUUGAUGAGGACGAAUUACUGCCUAUGCCAAGUGCGCCUGUCGAUGGUGAUCCUAUUACCGGAGACCCCACUGGAGAUGUGAAUCCUGUCACGGAGGAAAUGUUUUCGUCGUGGGCAUUGUGCAUCCUGCUCUUUUUGCUGAUAUCUGCCCUGUGGUCCAGUUAUUAUCUAUCGCAGAGACGUAUAACAGCGGUGCACGAAACUGUGCUAUCUAUUUUCUAUGGUAUGGUUGUGGGGCUUGUGAUCCGGUUGUCUCCAGGACAUUAUAUUCAGGAUACGGUUACUUUCAAUUCGUCCUAUUUCUUUAACGUUCUCUUACCGCCUAUCAUCCUAAAUUCCGGCUAUGAACUUAAUCAGGUGAACUUCUUCAACAAUAUGUUCUCCAUCCUAACGUUCGCAAUUCCAGGUACAUUUAUAUCCGCUGUUGUGCUUGGGAUCAUCAUCUUCAUAUGGACUGCGUUGGGACUUGAGGGAAUCAAUAUCUCUUUCGUCGAUGCGCUUUCCGUUGGGGCUACACUAUCUGCUACCGACCCGGUAACAAUCUUAUCGAUCUUUAACGCUUACAAAGUUGACCCAAAACUGUACACUGUUAUCUUUGGUGAAUCCCUGUUGAACGAUGCCAUCUCUAUUGUUAUGUUUGAAACGUGUCAAAAGUUUCACGGUUCACCGGCUAAAUUUUCUUCUCUAUUUGAAGGUAUCGGUCUUUUCCUAAUGACUUUCAUGAUCUCUUUACUGAUCGGUUUGUUCAUUGGGAUUCUGGUGGCAUUGAUUUUGAAGCACACACAUAUUAGAAGGUAUCCACAGAUCGAGAGUUGUAUUAUUCUGUUAAUCGCUUACGAGUCCUAUUUCUUCUCCAAUGGUUGCCAUAUGUCAGGAAUCGUAUCACUAUUGUUCUGUGGUAUAACAUUGAAACACUACGCAUACUAUAAUAUGUCUAGGAGAGCUCAGAUCACCAUAAAAUUCAUAUUCCAACUACUGGCAAGGCUAUCCGAAAAUUUCAUCUUCAUCUACCUUGGAUUGGAGCUAUUCACAGAAGUAGAACUGGUCUAUAAACCUGUGUUGAUCAUUGUCACGGCACUCUCUAUCUGUAUUGCGCGUUGGUGUUCAGUCUUUCCCCUCUCUAGAUUCAUUAAUUGGGUUUACAAGAUGAAAACUGUGAGGUCGAUGGGCAGUUCUGCCGCUACCAGUAUAUCCAUACCGGAUGAGAUGCCUUACAACUAUCAGGUGAUGACCUUCUGGGCCGGUCUGCGAGGCGCCGUUGGGGUCGCUUUGGCUAUGGGUAUUCAAGGUGAAUUCAAGUUUACUCUGCUAGCGACUGUCUUGGUGGUGGUGGUCCUCACCGUAAUCAUAUUUGGCGGGACCACAGCUGGUAUGCUGGAAGUGCUAAACAUCAAGACUGGCUGCGUCGAUGAGAAUGACAAUAGCGAUGAUGAGUUCGAUAUCGAGGCUCCUAGGCCGUCAGGUCUCGCCAGAUCAUUUGCCACCAGGUUGCAACCAUACUCAGAUGAAAACUCGCCCGCUGGAACACCUACUGCUCUAGAUAUUCCGGAUGCAACCGAAAGCAACUUGCUCUCAGACUUCCCGCCCGUAGCUGGUGCUACAAGUCCUAACAACCCAGUGGUAUCGCGCGUCUCCAUAGAGACUCAUCGUCUGAAAGACUCAUUCGGUAAUAUUUUUAACUCUGACUCUCAAUGGUUUCACAACUUUGAUGAGCAGGUCUUGAAGCCAGUGUUUCUGGACAGCAAUCCUCAACCUGGAAAGGAAAAUGGCGGCGGUUCGCCAGCACCAUUUGAAUCCGAUAGAUCCUAA